AUGGCCAUACAAUAUGCUCCUCAGCUCAUCUGCCACAUACUAUCCCGGCCGUGGAUAUGCCCUCUGGAUAGAGGCUCCCAUACUAUUCGCCUGCUAAGAUACAUCGACAAAUUCCUCGACACCGGUAGCCGGGGAACGGCUAUAACAAUGGCGAGUGCUGGCACGCUCCGCGACGCCUGGAACCGUAUUAGGGGCCGGAGGCUUUCUAUGGACUAUAGGGCCAUACAGACAUCAGACACGAACAAUGCCUCGAGGACAAUAAACCCGAUGAAACAGCUCCUAGGAGUUGACCCUUUUAUUAUACCUAGUAACAAAAUUCUCCUUUACAGACACACCCACAUACGCACGCUACAUAUCAUCGGCCAAGUUGGAAGAUGUAUUAAGGCUAACGUUGAGUCACAAUACGACAAAUGCAUUAACUGCAAACCCAAGGAUACGGCCAAAAUAGCCGAAACAACGGGGAGCCUGGCCAGGCCGGCUGCCGAGUCCCGCGGCCCUCCAAGAGCUUGGUAUCGGGCCAGAUUCGUGCGACUUUAUCAGCCUCUGCACAAGCGGGCUAAUGAAAUGGAAGUGGAAACCUACUAUAUAACUCCAGCAACCUGA